GGGCCGGAAUGCGCAGGUCUUUGGGGCUGGAAAGCCUGAAAGCUGGCAAGUCCUGAAUGAUAAAAAAAACAGGCGUCCCGGAGCCGCUGACUCGAGGAUUUCCAUUGCAGUAAGCAAAGUUUUCACCGAGGCAGUUGUCUCCAUGCUGGCUGCGGGCCUGCAUUGUUUUCUCUUGUGAGGAAGAAGGAAAAGCUGGUUUGGGGAGGGGGGGUGUUGUUUGAUCAUUUCUUUUAAUUUCUUCCCUCUUUCCCCCUCCUGUUUUUUUUGUCCUGAGGUAAUUUCUUUUACCUCAGUAUUUUUUUUUGGGGGGGGGGAAGGGGAGAGAGAGAAACAUGGAGGGCCCACGGUGUAGUGGGCUGAAGCAGAGCAGGCGAUCCCGGUCUCAGAGGGACAGAGUGAGGAGACGGGAGGCUGCGAGCCGCAAUGCCCGGCCGCACAGCCCUUCCUCGGGUUCCGAGAGAGACGCGAACCCGAGCCCCGGCAAAACGGCGGCGAUCCCCGCUUCAUCCCGUUCCUGCCGCCCCCCUCGCCGCAAGAGACGGGCAUCGAGCUCCCAGGAAGAGGACAUCAUCGACGGAUUUGCGAUCGCCAGUUUCACCACCUUGGAAGCUUUGGAGAAGGACCUUGCACUUAGACCACAAGAGCGAAAUGAAAAGUGGGAGAAGCAAGUUGGAAAGAAACCACGCCAAAUGGCAAAUGGCAUGUUGGCAGAGCCGAGUGAAAAUGGACAUGAAAAUGAAAACAGUACCUUCGAAAGAGGACGAGAUCAGGGAAAGGAUCGAACAAAGAGAAAAGUUCCACUAAAGAACUCCACUCAGAUGAAGCUUUCAUCCAAGGAAAAUGGCAGGAACAGCGAGGGUGAGAAUGUCAGAGAUGCCAACAGCCCACAGAGGAGCAGCUCCCGAGACAAGCUUAGUGAUAUGUCAUAUACAAAAGAUGUGCGAAUUUCGAAAGCUGAAAAGGCCUUCAGUACACAAAGGGUUAAUCCCCCAACCAAACAAAGUUCAGCUCAUUCCUUUUCAGGACGAGGAUACUCUUGUGACAGUGAGAGUGACAUCGAUGAUAAGGUAUCAGAUGUAGGCUCGGAGAAACUCUUCUCACCUGCAGCAAGUAAAGGUUCAGGCUUCACUGGAAGCAGUCUGACGUUGAAUGAGAAACCUGAAACAAAGGGACCAGGUGUUUCCAAGGUUUCUGGACUAGAGCGUAGCCAGGAACAGAGCAAGGAGUCACCCUUUGUGCCACUGGUGCCAAGUCCUCCAGCCACUGUUGUACCUCCAGCUUCUUCAGCGUGUGCUUCCAAUAGCACGGCGAGUCCAACAGUAAAGGAGACUGUUUACCAGGCACAACCGCAAACAAGACAUCCAACACCACAAUUACAGCCCCAAAUACAGCAUUAUCCUCUGUCUCAAAUUCACACGCAGCCUCCUGUCCAUCACCAAAUUCAUCACCAGAUACCUUUCAGCAGUCUUAACAGUAUCAGCAGCAGGAGUAGCAGUGCCAGCAGCGCUGCAAGCAUCAGCCUACCCAAACACUUGCCUUCAUCCCCCCAAAUCCACUCCUUAAAUUCAUCUACUCCAGUGCUCCCCCUAUCUAUUCCAAGCCUUGCUACCUCACACAACUUCUCCCUGAGGCCUCAGACUCACCCUCAUCACCACGCCAUGUUUGCAACACCAGCUACCUUACCACCACCACCUCCUUUAACGUCAAACAGCCUUGUUGUACCGGGUCAUCCUGCAGGACCUGGCUAUUCAGAGCAUGAUCUGCUGAGGCAGGAGUUGAACAACCGCUUUUUGGUUCAGAGUUCCGACAGGGCAGGGUCGCUGGCCCCGCCACCAUUCUUGAGAGCAGAGUAUCAUCAGCAUCAACACCAGCAUCAGCACACGCAUCAACACACACAUCAGCACACGUUUGCUCCUUUUCCUGCGAGUCUGCCACCGACUCCACUCAUGCCGCCCACUGCACCACCUAUGGUGCAUCCCCCAGGCAGAAAAUUUGAAAAGUAUACACCAAAAAUAGAAAAUCCUUUCUAUCGACAUUCUAGUUUCUUCCCACCAUAUGCUCCAACAGUGCCAGGCAUGCCACCCAUGAUUCCACAUUCAGGUCCUUUUGGGUCACUUCAGGGAGCAUUUCAGCCUAAGACUUCCAAUCCAAUUGAUGUAGCAAGCAGGCAAGGAGCAGUUCCUCACACUCUACUCCAGAAGGACCCCAGGCAGUUGUCAGACCCGUACAGACAGUCAAUAAGACUCCCACUCAAAAGGGUAAAUCUACCUCAAAAACCAAUGGGCAAACCUGGGAAAUGGUGUGCCGUUCAUGUGCAGAUUGCCUGGCAAAUCUACCAUCACCAGCAAAAACUAAAGCAACAAAUGCCAAUGGAACAUCACAAACUCGAAAUAGGGGGAAAGCUGGACCUGUUUAGUCGACCACCUGCACCUGGAAUAUUUCCUGGAUUCUCAUAUCCACAUGAUCUGGCCAGACCCCUCUUCUCAACCACAGGUAAUGCACAUCCAGCUGCAACCACCUUUGGACCUCCACCUCAUCACCACAGCAACUAUUUACCCACUGGUCACCUGGCAGAUCCAUUCAGUCGAACAAACACCUACAGUGGCCUUGGAAACCUCAGCACGAGUGCCUUUGGAGGAUUAGGCAAUCCAGCACUUGCUUCCAACAGCAUGUUUGGUCACAAAGAACCUCCAGGAAUACAGAGCCUCAACAAUGCUCAUGAGCCAUGGAACCGUCUCCAUCGAACUCCACCUUCAUUUCCAACCCCACCACAGUGGCCAAAACCAGGGGAGUCUGAACGAAGCUCCUCCGUAACUAACCAUGACAGAGACCGAGAUUUGGAGAAAAGAGACUCCUCACUUAAAAGUGACAGAGAGAAAGAAAGGGAUGGAGUGGAGAAAAACAGGCAUUCCAACCGAUCAUCACCAGCAUCUGCCCCAGUCAACCAUCAAAUCAACAACCUCAUCCACAGCAACAGCCGAAGCAUGAAUGAACCAAGCAGGCACCAUAGCAGCACUGAGCGAGAUCGGUCAAAGGAGCUGGAGAGAGAGCACACAGACCCACUGAGGGAGUUACCUAGCACUGAGCAUAAAAUCAAGGAGAACCGGUCACCAAUAAAAGACGGGCAGAGCCAUGAGAGACGGUUACCUGAAGAAAACAUAAAACCAAUUGUGAGGCCCAGUUCUCCAUACAACAGAGCUGUGCUGAGUGAAAGCAUGAAACUCAGCAAUUCAGUGAGUAAAGACAGCGAAAGGAAAUUGGAGCCCUCCUGUGACCUUCAGAAAAUAAAGAAUGAUGUAAAGAUAAAAGAAGAGCGUAAGGAGGAUAAUGAGGUGAUGGUGAUAGGUUCGGACUCAUCUCAGCAUCCAAGGAAUAAUGAGCCACCUCACCACACAUCCAUACAUGGACUUCCACUGAGUCAUUCUAUGGGCCCCAUGCCUAUUACAAUGAACAGUAUCCACCAGAUGAACAACAUGAAUGUGCUUGACCGUGCACGAAUGGUAACACCUUUCAUAGGUAUGAACCCGCUGGCGGGAAGAGAACGACUACCCCACCCUGGAUUUUCAUGGGAUCCUGUCCGGGAUCCUUUACGAGAUGCAUACCGGAGCUUUGACUUGCACCGCAGGAUGGAAUUCCCUCUACGCACAGAUUCCAUGCACAGGUUCCCAACGCCGGCUGGUUUCUAUGAGCAUGAUCGGUCGUAUAGAGACAGAGAGCCUCACGACUACAACCAUGAGCACGUUCUGGAGGUCAGACGUGAACAGGAGCGCUUACGACACACAGAUGAAAGAGAACGUUUGCAUCUAAGGGAAGAAUUUGACCGUGCUAGGUUACAUGCCCUGCAUACAUCAGCAAUGGACGGUCACUUGGCACAUGUGCCAUCCUUUAUGCCUCACAUAAGUGGAAUGCACUACCCGAGGCUAAGUCCAUCCACUGCCAAUCAUAAUGGUAUUUUGAACAGGACCCCACCAACUGCAGCAUUGAGUGCUCCACCACCUCUUGUACCAGCAGGCAGUGCACGGUCUGUGUCUCCCCGGAGGACUACUCCACUCACUAACUCAGAGUCCCGGGACUACUCCCCUUCUCGUAAUCCCAAAGAAGUUGAGGCAAGGUAGUUCUUGGACCUGUUGACAGCUGUCCUAUAUAUGAGAUCCUUUGAUUCAAAUAAUGCACUGCAACAAGAAGAGAACGCUGUAAAUUUAUAAAAUUGAAGCACAGUUGAGAGGGAUAAAAAGUUUGAACUUUGAUAUCAGAAGAUUGCUUAUAAUUGGAAUUAAUAUAUUAUCAAUUAUAAAUCUCUAGAUUUCUUUGUGCAGAGAAGAAUUCUGAAAUCAUGUUUGUACAUUUUUCCAAUAUUUGAAAUCUAAUUUGUAUGGAUUUGUAAUUUUAUUGUUUCACUUCAAUUUGUUUGCUUCUCAGUUUUGUGUUCUGUUUUCAGCAGUUACAGGCCUCAGACUAUUUUAAUAAUACCCAGGGUUUGCUAUUGGUAUCAUUUAUCAAGAUACCAAUUUACAAUGAAUCCACUGUGAUGUUUCAUAUUGAGGCCAAAAAUGACUUUAUUUGCUUCCCAAAAAUGUCUGUGUACUUUGAGAAAUGUACAAAUCUGAAUUUGUUUUGCCUUAUUAACACUUACAAGAUAUGCAGAAGAGGUCCUUGUGGUUCAUGUACAAAUGUAAAUACUCUGUUGAUACUCAGAACAUGCUAAUUAAAUUCUUUACUUAGGUAGUCUUUAUAAAGGGUUUUUGAAACCAGAACAGCUCACUCGAUAUUUGUAGCACAGUUAUUCCAAUAGUGACAUGUGGAAGUGUGCUUGAAGCUCAGUUUCAGAGAAGCAUAUUCAAUUCAACUAUGCAAGAACCACAGGCAGGUCUUUCAUAAAGGCUGUGCACCCAAACUAAUGGCAACAUACCAUGGGGUGGGGGAAACACUACUGUGUGCAACAGUGGGGACAACAUGUAAAUCCAUUAAACAAACACAGAAGACGAGAGGGAGAGACAAAAACGGUUAGACCAAUGAGGCACCCGGUUCAGAGAGAGGUUUUAUUUCUCGAUCCACAACACAGACAAUAAUGUAUUGGGAGAAAUUCUUAGUGGCUAACAAGGACAUUCAGUGUGGACCUUGUGUAAUUGUGCAGUGUUUUUAUGGAAUCUGUAUACAAGACAAAGUAGUAUUUUAGGAUCAAAAAUCUCAUGGUAACAUUUCUAAUAAAAUACUGUUAGCAAUGAAGUCCUUAAACAGGUCUUUCUUGCAGUGUGGUUCUGGCAGAAUUACUCUGCCUGAUCCUUCAUCUCUUGGUCAUAUGUAAAUUUUGCCAUGUUUUACUUGCUGGACAAAAAAAGCAGCAUCUGUGUUUAUAUAUCUGGGCUUUUACUCUGUAGUUACUUCAUACAUCAGCUACCAUUUCUUUCUUUCUGCUCUGUACUUUGGUUUCUGUAUUUUAAACAGACUUGAUUCCUGUAGAUCAAUGAGACAAAUACAGCAUUGAUUUUGAGACAAAAUGGUUGUUUGUUUGUUGUGUCAGAGGUCAUACCAAUUGAACUGUUUAACACCACCACUUGAGUUGUUGAUGCAAAAUUGUUUUGACAAUCCCCACAGAGAUGCUAUCUGCCUGUGACAAUGCUUUUUUGUAUUUUUCAGCUGAGAACUAUAUGGUCAGUAGUUACAUUAUUGGACCAAGUAGAAAAACCUUCAUAAUCAACACUGGCCCUGUGUUUCUCUGCUCAUUUCCAAUGCAAAAAAAAAUCCAUGUUUACUUUGAAAAUAUCUCCCUGUUUUACUUACUGUAGGAUGUAUCUCACUGCAGUUCUGUCAACGCAACUUUAUAGAUCCUAUCAUUCAACUAAUCCAUGGCAAGCUCAUGAGGUAAAUGAAUUUUUUAUUCAUUCAUGGGAUGUGACUGUCACUGGCUAUGCCAGCUUUACCCACUCCUAAUUGCCUAGUGGGCAGUUAAGAGCCACAAUACUGUGGGUCUGGAGAAAUGUAUAGACAAAGACCAGGUAGCAUGGUUGGAUGGCUAGUUCCCUUCACUAAAGGGCUGUGAUAAUUGGCGGCGGCACGGUGGCUCAGUGGUUAGUACUGCUGCCUCACAGCGCCAGGGACCCGGGUUCAGUUCCAGCCUCAGGCAACUGUCUGUGUAGAGUUUGCACAUGCUCCCUGUGUUUGCGUGGGUACCCUCUGGGUACUCCAGUUUCCUCCCACAGUCCAAAGAUGUGCAGGUUAGGUGAAUUGGCCAAGCUAAAUUGCCCGUGAUGCCUAGGGGUGUAUGGGUUAUAGGGGGAUGGGUCUGGGUGGAAUGCUCCA